CUGCAGUAGGGGCAGAAAACAACAAUUGACACCUAUUUAGAUUUGUGGAUAACUUUCCAUCAUUCCAAAGGGGAAAGGGCCCUUAUUUCUCAAAAACACAAGCCGUUUACCAAGGAAUAUUCAGAAUUCCAUCUAGAACUUCUCGUAAAAAUCACAACGCCCUAAAUGUGCAAGGACUUUGUACAGGUAAAAAAAGAAGUGCGCAUUUCUCUAGCCUUCGCUUGGUUCCUGAUGGGAUGUUAAGAAGUAUCAUCAAGACCAAGACAGAGCAAGACAACAUCUGCAAGAAUUUUCAAACCUGAAGAAGGCAGAUGUAACCCGAAGAAGAAGACACAUUGUCUAAUCGAUAGUAGAAUUUUUCUGAGUUGUUGGAUAAUACUUGAAGAGAUAGUACAAAUAUUGUGAUUAUCCAAAACUAUGGGUGACAUAAAUGCCAAUAUUUCGGAAGGAAAGGAGGAGCAGGUCAAGAUUUUUCUCUGGUGUAGCCCUCGGACAGUGUCAACAGCGUUUACGAAAUGUAUCAGCUUCAUCAAAGGAAUGGAGGUAUGGACGGAACCAUUCGUCUGGUGCUUCCUGUCCACGAAGGAAGCCAAGACCUAUCUCGAUGUCGACCUCCCAAUGGAGCUCAAAGGCAACGAGGAAGUCUUCGCCAAGACUACGGAGCUGAUAAGCAAAAUGACGGGGGCGAACGUCAUCACCGAACGUAUCGUAUACGCCAAUGUAAAACCGAGACUGGAAGCAGCAAAAGGACGCUAUGUGUUCGUCAAGGACAUGUGUUUAGCCAUGAGCGAAAACAAGCACCAGUACCUUCCCGAGGGCUUCCGGCAUACCUUCCUCAUCCGGACACCUGAAAGAGCCCUCCAAUCCUUCCGUAACUCCUACUUCCACCACACCAAAUCACAGGGUCUCCUCCACGGCGAAGCAGCCGACGAACAGACCUUCGAUCUCCUGCGCGACUGUCCGCACAUGGAAGCUAGCUAUAAUAUAACCGACGUCUACGACUUCUGGAAGUACGUCCGCGACGAGAUUGACCCGAACCCCAUCGUCAUUGACGCCGAUGAUCUCCUGACGCACCCGAAGGAGAUCAUGACGAAGUACUGCGAGCUGGUGGGUUUACCCUUUGAUGAAUCUUUCCUGCAGUGGGACCCGUCAUUGGAUACCUUCAAGACGUGGAAGCAAUGCGGAGACGACCAGCUGAUGAAUAUGGUUGAUUUCUAUGGCAGGGCUAUGCACAGCUCAUGCUUCAUGCCACCAAGCACGCCAAUGCCACGUGAUAAAAUGACCCCUGACGUCAUAAAGGGAAUAGAGAAGACGAUGGAUUCUUAUCUUGAAAUGUAUGAACAUCGUAUUAAGAUUUAAGAUCAGUAAUCUCUCUCAAAAUAUUAUAAAUAUUAAAUAUCGGUUAUAAAAAUUAUAUUGUAAUGAUGUAACCGACCAACCAAAUUUUAUGCCCAACUUUAUUAAUGUAAUAUAUUGCAUAUAUUCAAAGCGUCACUAAUAUUUUAUAUUAAUUAAAAUGAUUGGUCUAAUUAUCAUCCGAACUGGAAAUAAAUUUGUCCAAGGUUUAUUAACAGUCGAUAACACAAUUACCCUUAUUAUUGGCAAUAUUUUAACUAUAAUUUCUUUUUAGAUCAUCUCAUAAUGGAUGAAAUGAAUUUGAUUUAUGAUGAAUGCAAUUUGCUCAAAAUUCUCAAGCUUUUCAGAGCAGACGCAUCAUACCUGCGACAAAAACUGAAGAAUGUUACGAAAUAUACAGAUGAUUUACAUAUCUUUUUUUUAUAAAGCAACUCUUGACUUUUCCGUUCUGUCAGUAAUUGGAAAUGUUUAAAUACAUGUAGGUUAAUUAUCGUUUUCAUUUUCCCUUUCUUACCGACAGCCAUAUUUACGAUUUUUACAAUAAAUAUAUAUCUUUUAAUUUUCCAUUUUGUCUUGUUUCUCCUCGACCUCUGUUACCAUUACUUUUCAUUGUGGAACACUUACUUAACAUAAUGUUCUUCAAUAAAACAAUGGAAUGUAUUCUUAUACUUUUAAA